CGACUCGAUUUUCUCUUAAAGGAUCUUCUCAUUCUCAUCUUUCUUCACCUGUCCGUCUCUCUCUCUCUCUACACUAUCUUUCUCUCUCCUGAUUUCUCAUCAUCGAGGAACCCUCGCUUUGGCAAGGGAGGGUUCGUAUUAAGUAUCGCAAUCUUCUAGAUUGAUUCAAUUUCAAACAUUUUCUUCAGAGAUCUACUCAACAAUGGCUGCCGCUAAUGCUCCUAUUGUCAUGCAAGAAGCCCUUACGCUACCAAGCGUAGGGAUCAAUCCACAGUUCAUUACGUUCACUCAUGUAACCAUGGAGUCAGACAAGUACAUUUGUGUAAGGGAGACUUCGCCGCAAAAUAGUGUCGUUAUCAUUGAUAUGAACUUGCCAAAUCAGCCCUUGAGGCGACCCAUCACUGCUGAUUCUGCGUUGAUGAACCCUAACUCAAGAAUUCUUGCCCUUAAAGCGCAAGUUCCGGGGACUACACAGGACCACCUGCAGAUCUUCAAUAUUGAAGCAAAAACAAAGAUAAAGUCCCAUCAAAUGUCCGAAAUGGUUGUCUUCUGGAAAUGGAUCACACCCAAGAUGUUAGGCCUUGUAACACAGACAUCAGUCUACCAUUGGUCAAUUGAGGGUGAAUCUGAACCAGUAAAAAUGUUUGAGCGGACUGCAAAUUUGGCCAACAAUCAAAUAAUUAACUACCGCUGUGAUCCGUCAGAGAAAUGGCUGGUUCUGAUUGGAAUUGCUCCUGGCGCUCCUGAGAGGCCACAAUUGGUGAAGGGUAACAUGCAACUUUAUUCAGUGGAUCAACAGCGUAGUCAAGCUCUUGAAGCUCAUGCAGCAUCAUUUGCGCAAUUUAAGGUUCCUGGAAAUGAAAAUCCAUCUACUCUUAUUUGCUUUGCUAGCAAGACCUCUAAUGCUGGUCAAGUUACGUCAAAGUUGCAUGUCAUUGAACUUGGUGCUCAGCCUGGGAAACCCGGAUUUAGCAAGAAACAGGCCGAUCUCUUCUUCCCUCCUGAUUUUGCAGAUGACUUUCCUGUGUCUAUGCAGGUAUCCCAGAAGUAUGGGUUAAUAUAUGUAAUCACGAAGCUUGGUCUUCUGUUUGUAUAUGAUCUGGAGACAGCUAGUGCGGUUUACAGAAACAGGAUUAGUCCUGAUCCAAUCUUUUUGACUUCUGAAGCUACGUCAGUUGGUGGAUUUUAUGCUGUCAACAGACGAGGUCAGGUGUUGUUAGCGACAGUAAAUGAAGCAACAAUAGUGCCAUUUGUUAGUGGCCAGCUUAACAAUUUGGAGCUUGCAGUUAAUCUUGCAAAGCGUGGAAACCUUCCAGGUGCUGAAAACUUGGUUGUCCAGCGAUUUCAGGAAUUAUUUGCUCAGACAAAGUAUAAGGAGGCAGCUGAGCUUGCUGCAGAGUCUCCACAGGGCCUUUUGCGUACUCCUGAUACUGUUGCUAAGUUCCAGAGCGUUCCUGUACAAGCUGGGCAAACACCACCAUUGUUGCAGUACUUUGGAACGUUGUUAACGAGAGGAAAACUUAAUGCAUUUGAGUCACUGGAAUUGUCUAGACUGGUUGUAAAUCAGAACAAAAAGAAUCUGUUAGAGAAUUGGUUGGCAGAGGACAAACUUGAAUGCAGUGAAGAGCUUGGUGAUCUUGUGAAGACAGUGGAUAAUGACCUUGCUCUCAAAAUAUACAUCAAAGCUAGGGCAACUCCAAAAGUUGUUGCUGCAUUUGCUGAGAGGAGGGAGUUUGAUAAGAUAUUGAUAUAUUCAAAGCAGGUUGGAUACACCCCCGAUUAUUUGUUCCUCCUGCAGACAAUUUUACGGACUGACCCUCAGGGAGCUGUUAAUUUUGCUUUGAUGAUGUCUCAAAUGGAGGGAGGAUGUCCUGUUGAUUACAAUACUAUUACUGAUCUGUUCCUUCAGAGAAAUUUGAUUCGUGAAGCAACAGCGUUUUUGCUGGAUGUGCUGAAGGCAAACCUACCAGAACAUGGCCAUCUCCAAACUAAAGUUCUGGAAAUCAAUCUUGUCACAUUUCCCAAUGUAGCAGAUGCAAUCUUAGCUAAUGGCAUGUUCAGCCAUUAUGAUCGUCCCCGAAUCGCACAACUUUGUGAAAAGGCUGGAUUGUAUUUGCAGGCUCUUAAACAUUACACUGAACUGCCAGACAUUAAGCGUGUCAUAGUUAAUACGCAUGCCAUUGAGCCUCAGGCACUAGUGGAGUUCUUUGGAACACUUUCUAAGGAGUGGGCUCUUGAGUGUAUGAAAGAUCUUUUAUUGGUUAAUCUCAGAGGGAAUUUGCAGAUAAUUGUGCAGGUUGCCAAAGAAUAUUGUGAGCAAUUGGGUGUUGAUGGUUGCAUAAAGCUCUUUGAGCAGUUCAAAUCUUAUGAAGGCCUAUAUUUCUUCUUGGGUUCAUAUUUGAGCUCCAGUGAGGAUCCAGAAAUUCAUUUUAAGUACAUUGAAGCAGCAGCUAAAACCGGGCAAAUCAAGGAAGUGGAACGUGUAACUCGUGAAUCCAACUUCUAUGAUCCCGAGAAAACAAAGAAUUUCUUGAUGGAAGCCAAGCUGCCAGAUGCAAGGCCUCUGAUAAAUGUGUGCGACCGAUUUGGGUUUGUACCUGAUCUUACCCAUUUUCUCUACAGAAACAACAUGCUUCGUUACAUUGAAGGCUAUGUACAGAAGGUUAAUCCUGGCAAUGCCCCUCUAGUUGUGGGACAGCUGCUGGAUGAUGAAUGCCCUGAAGAUUUUAUCAAAGGCCUUAUUCUCUCGGUGCGAUCUCUUCUACCUGUUGAGCCUCUUGUGGAGGAAUGUGAGAAGAGGAAUCGUCUGCGCUUGCUCACCCAGUUUCUGGAGCACCUUGUUAGUGAGGGGAGUACUGAUGUACAUGUUCAUAAUGCUCUGGGUAAAAUUAUCAUUGACAGCAAUAACAAUCCAGAGCACUUUCUCACAACCAAUCCAUACUAUGAUUCCCGUGUAGUGGGUAAAUACUGCGAGAAAAGGGAUCCUACUCUUGCUGUUGUUGCAUAUAGACGGGGACAGUGUGAUGAUGAGCUAAUCAAUGUCACGAGUAAGAAUUCUUUAUUCAAACUGCAGGCCAGAUAUGUUGUGGAGAGAAUGGACGGUGAUCUAUGGGAGAAGGUCCUCACUCCAGACAACGAGUACAGGAGGCAAUUGAUAGAUCAAGUUGUUUCAACAGCUUUGCCAGAAAGCAAGAGCCCUGAACAGGUUUCUGCUGCUGUCAAGGCCUUUAUGACAGCUGAUCUUCCCCAUGAGCUGAUCGAGCUUCUGGAAAAGAUAGUACUUCAAAACUCCGCUUUCAGCGGAAACUUUAAUUUGCAGAAUUUGCUUAUACUUACAGCUAUCAAGGCAGAUCCUUCUAGAGUCAUGGAUUACAUAAAUAGGUUGGACAACUUUGACGGACCUGCUGUUGGAGAGGUUGCAGUGGAAGCACAGUUGUAUGAAGAGGCAUUUGCAAUCUUUAAGAAAUUUAACUUAAAUGUCCAGGCUGUGGAUGUGCUGCUGGACAAUAUCCGCAACAUUGAUCGGGCUGUGGAAUUUGCAUUCCGUGUUGAAGAGGAUGCUGUAUGGACUCAGGUUGCUAAGGCCCAGCUCAGGGAAGGUCUUGUCAGUGACGCUAUAGAGUCAUUUAUCCGCGCUGAGGAUGCAACCCAUUUCUUGGAAGUUAUUAAAGCUGCUGGGGAUGCAGAUGUCUAUCAUGACAUGGUGAGGUAUCUUUUGAUGGUUAGGCAGAAGGUUAAAGAGCCCAAGGUUGACAGUGAGCUUAUAUAUGCAUACGCGAAAAUUGAUAGACUCAGUGAUAUUGAAGAGUUCAUUCUUAUGCCCAAUGUUGCGAAUCUUCAAAAUGUUGGAGAUCGUUUAUACGAUGAAGCUUUAUACGAGGCGGCAAAGAUUAUCUAUGCAUUCAUUUCUAACUGGGCUAAACUAGCAGUUACGCUCGUGAAAUUGAAACAGUUCCAAGGUGCUGUGGAUGCAGCUCGCAAGGCUAACAGUGCAAAGACAUGGAAGGAAGUUUGUUUUGCUUGUGUGGAUGCUGAGGAAUUCCGGCUGGCUCAGAUAUGUGGUCUUAAUGUCAUCAUACAGGUGGAUGAUCUAGAAGAGGUUAGUGAAUACUAUCAAAACAGGGGAUGCUUUAAUGAGCUCAUCUCCCUGAUGGAAAGUGGAUUGGGACUGGAACGUGCACAUAUGGGUAUCUUCACUGAGUUGGGAGUUCUCUACGCCAGAUAUCGUCCUGAGAAGCUCAUGGAACAUAUUAAAUUGUUUGCGACUCGUCUUAACAUACCUAAGCUGAUUAGGGCUUGUGAUGAGCAACAACAUUGGAAGGAGCUUACUUUAUUGUAUAUUCAGUAUGAUGAAUAUGACAAUGCUGCUACUACUGUGAUGAAUCAUUCUCCGGAGGCAUGGGAUCACAUGCAGUUCAAAGACAUUAUUGUUAAGGUUGCAAAUGUGGAGCUGUACUACAAGGCAGUACACUUCUACUUGCAAGAGCAUCCUGAUCUUAUCAAUGACGUGUUAAAUGUUCUUGCACUACGUGUGGACCAUACUCGUGUUGUGGACAUCAUGAGAAAGGCUGGUCAACUUCCUCUUGUGAAGCCAUACAUGGUAGCUGUUCAAAGCAACAAUGUAUCUGCCGUGAAUGAAGCACUGAAUGAAAUCUAUCUUGAGGAAGAGGACUACGAUAGACUUCGCGAGUCGAUAGAUUUGCAUGAUAACUUUGACCAGAUUGGUCUUGCUCAAAAGGUGGAGAAGCAUGAGUUGCUAGAAAUGAGACGUAUUGCAGCUUACAUAUACAAAAAGGCCGGUAGAUGGAAGCAGUCUAUUGCUUUGUCAAAGAAAGACAAUCUGUACAAGGAUGCAAUGGAGACUGCUUCCCAAUCUGGUGAUCGUGAACUCGCUGAGGAGCUUCUUGUGUACUUCAUUGAGCAGGGAAAGAAAGAAUGUUUUGCAUCAUGUCUCUUUGUUUGUUACGAUUUAAUCAGAGCUGAUGUUGCAUUGGAGCUUGCAUGGUUAAACAAUAUGAUUGACUUUGCCUUCCCUUACCUCCUACAGUUUAUUCGUGAGUACACGGGUAAAGUCGAUGAGCUAAUCAAGGACAAACUUGAAGCCCAAAAAGAGGUCAAGGCAAAAGAAGCAGAGGAAAAAGAUUUGGUUGCACAACAGAACAUGUAUGCACAGUUACUCCCACUUGCUUUACCGGCACCGCCAAUGCCAGGAAUGGGAGGAGGUGCAAUGGGUGGCGGUUUUGCUCCAACACCACCUAUGGGCAUGGGCAUGCCUCCAAUGCCUGCCUUCGGAAUGCCUCCGAUGGGCUCAUACUAGAAAAACAAAAAUGAGACUGUUGGUGCUAGAAAAUUUUGUAAACUUGCUGUUUGUGCUCAUGGCAACAUCAAUUUUUCUAGUAGCUGGGUAUCCAGGUGAAAGUUGAGGCACCUAGCACUGUUUAUCCCUGGUUUCUUUCGUGUAUGCAUUAAUUAGCUGUAGAGGUUGUUGAUAUGCCUUUUAUUAUUCUUUAUUCAGUUGAGGCUGAGAUUUCGUUCACUUUGGAUAGUCGGGUCGGUCCGGUCCUUAAGUUUACCUCCUAUGUUUUGUAUUGCUGGCUUUUUGUCAAAUUCCGUGGAUUUUGAAAUGCUAGUGGCGGAUUUGCCACUGUGUAUAGGUUAUAAUGGUCGAACAUUGUUUCAUAAAUAUGACGGAACUAGUUGAUAAUCUUCAUCUGUUACUUGAAUUAUAAUUCAUCAGACUUGAGUGUUUCUUUGCUGAA